AUGGCUGACUUUAGAAGACAGAAAUUUGAAAAUGAAGCAGCUGAUAUCAAUGAAAUUGAUGAUGGGCUGAUGGCAGGCAUUUCUAGUGGGUUAUCACGAGAUAAAGAUUUGUCAGAUUCAGGGUCCUCGAGUGUCAAGAGAUCGGAAUUGGAAUCAAGUGAUUCAGAUUCUCAGUCCAAACUUUCCGACGAAGAUAUGACUCCCGCACCUUCAUUACGAAGAAAAGGACGAGAUUGUGGCAUGCAACAACGUGGAGCUAUGCAACGUUUACGCGGAAUUACAUCGCGAAGGGUAACCAAUAAUAGGAACGUGCCAGCGUCAUUUUCAUCUGGUGUAAUGUACAUUGUGAGUGGUCAAUGA